AUGGUCUCCGGGCGCCAUGACGACGGUGGGCACGUCGGUGGCUCCAAGUACAAAAGAGCCCCACCCAGUCGACAACCAGAUGGACGGGUCGUAGCAGACAGCCUUGUCCGAGUCCUAGUGACGCAGCAGAAGAGCCUCCAGCUCGGACUGGUUAGGUGUUCUCCUCCUCCUCCUCUCCCUUCAUCGCCAACUGGUACGUGGCCUCCUAAGGUGCGGAGGCUGGAUGCAAAUACUCCACUAAUUACUGCUCCUGCUGCAUCCAUUCAUCCAUCAACCAGUCUGACCAGGCCCGGCAGACCGACGUUCUCCUCUCCGCCCGAGGCUCUGCUCGUCCACCUGCUCCGGACUCUCCAUGCUGACAAGUGCGCCGGUCUGUGA